AUGAUUUCAAGACAAGAUUUCAUCUUAGCUUAAGAAAUAAAAGAUGAAUAUCUUUGCAAUAUUUGUUUCUAACUUGCAAUUAAUGCUGUCGAAUGUUAAAAAUGUGAAACUCUCUUUUGUGAUACUUGCUCUUAAGAAUGGAAAACAAAAUAAGAUAUGUAUAAUCUUGGAUAAAAUAAUAAGGUGCCCUAAUAAAUGCUAACCCCCUUACGAUUUAAAAUAAGCACAUAGGAUAAUUAGAGCAGAAAUUCUAAAAAUCAAAUGCUAUUGUAAAUAUUCUAAAUUUGGUUGUCAAGAACAAUUGAUUUUAGAAUAACUUCUAUAACAUUUAAAAUAAUGCAAAUUUAUAUCUGUCAAAUGUUGCCAAUAAUGUGAAUGGGAAGGAUUAGCUCAAGAGCUUGAAGAUCAUGUAUCAAAUUUUUUAAACUUUAGCAAGAAUAAUGCAAUUUUAUAUUGCAUAUUAUGUGUAAAUAGUGCAAACAAAAAGUAUUAAAAGAAUAAAAGGAUACCCAUAAUUGUUUUGAAACCUUAACCAAUUUAAUUACAUCUUUAUAAAGGGACCUCACUGAAGUCAAAAAGUCUUCAUAAAUUAAAAUUAAUGAACUUGAAUAAAAAUUGGUAGAAUAAUCAGAACAAUAUAAUUCAAUUAUUAAAUCAUCAUAAAUUGUUUUGUUUGAUUAAUAAGAAUAGAUCAAUAAUCUAUCCCUUAUUAAAUCAGAUAAGGCCCCUUAAUCAGUAAUUUUUUAAUCAUAGUAAGUUUCAUAAUUAUAAAAGUAACCAUAAUUACAACAAUAAUAAUAGCAAUAAUAAUAACAAUAAUAAUAUUAAUAAAAGCCAUUGAUUUAAAAAUCAAAACCAGAUCCAGCUUUUAAAACUUGUGGAAAAUUGGGGGAAAUUAGCAAAGACAAAAUGUGCAAACAAAAACAUCAAUUACGAUUUUGGCUUACUCCUGGAAUCGAGGCUAGUAAAUAAAUAUGCUGUAAUUGUUUAAAAAAUCAGAUUUGUCGAUAUGUUUGCGAAACUUGUUCAGACUAUUAUUGUUUAAUAUGUGCACCUCCUGAAAAUAUGUGCAAAGGGUUUUGCCCUACAGGUCAUAAAAUGGAAGUCAGAAAAGGCUAAGGUUAUAUAUGUGAUGUGUGCGGAUAAGAUGGAUCAAAUAUUCCAAAUAGUAAAACUUUAUGUUGCAAAAAUUGUGAUUUUGACAUUUGCUAAAUUUGUUAAGAAUAGAUGAUUAAAAAUAAAGAAUGUGUCAUUUUUUGA